AUGGAUAUCAAUUUAUAUAUUCAUAGUAUUGAAAUAGAAUUUCUAAACGAAAAAUGUUACGUGUAUAAUAAUAAAGAGGAACAUGAAGAAAACAUAGUUUAUUCCUUAAAUUUAAAAGUAGAAGAUAGUUUACAUGAAAAUAAUGAAAAGAAAAAUUUUCAGUUUUUUGAAACGCCAUGGUACAUAUGUUUUAAAAAUAGCCAUCAUGAACUAUGUAUGAUGUCUUAUGAAAUGAAUAUUUCUCAUGUUUUUAACUUAUUAGAAAAUAAUGAGAGAUUAAUUUUAUACUUGUUAAGAAAAAAUUUAAAGAAUGAGAAAAUAGAAUACUUGCAUAGAAUGGAAUUAAACGUUAAAGAUGAAAAGUUUUUUGAUAAUACUAAUUCUAUUAUUUUUGAGAAUGAUAAAAUAAAAGGAAAAAUAAAACUAUAUUUUAAAAAUGGAAUAAUAUAUAAUAAUUUACUGAAUAAAAUUUAUCCAGAAGAAUUUUUAAAAAAAGAUAUACCAUGUGAUAUUCCAAUAAAAUCAAAGGAAUUUGUAGAAAAUAAACAAAAAGACGAAACUAUUGAUUGUAUAUCACAAAACAAAUGUAUAAAUAAUGAUUUUAACGAAUUACUAAAUUCAAGAAGAACAUUAUAUUGGAUAUACCUAGAUGAUAAUAAUAAUGAACAGGGACCAUUUAAUAGUAAUACAAUUUUAAAUUGGAUAAUAAGUGAGUAUUUUGAAGAUAAUACUUUAAUAAGAUUACAUGAUAAAAAAAAAUUUUAUAAAUUGUAUGAAGUUAUUGAAUACAUUGAAAAAAAUGUUUUACUGAACGCUCAAAGUGAUCGUUUAUAUAAUCAAUUAAGUGAUAAACUAGAAAAUAAGUUUUAUGAUAAUAUAAGCAAAACAAAUGAAGUACAAAUUCUAGAUAAAUUAAAAGAUAUAGAUAAAAAAAUUAGCAAUUCUGAGGAUAUAAUAAAAAAGGAACAUAUAAAUAAAGAAAAUGAAAAUGAAUGUCACUUAAAAAAUGUAGAUAAGAAAGAGUAUAAAAAUCAAUAUGACAUGAAACAAAUCAAUAAAAAUGAAAAUAAUGAAGAAUCAAUACUAAAGAAUAUUAUUUGUGAAAAUCUAAUAGACCAUAUAGAUAAAAAAAAUCAAGAAAAUAAAAAUAACAAUAAAAAUAAAAAAAAUAUAACACAUCAUGACAAUAUAAAUAAUAUGCACUAUAGCAAAUUAAAAAUUGAAAAUGAUAUGUAUGAUAAGGAACAAAAUGAAAAUUACUGGAAAAUUAAUGCAAAAAGUUAUAAAAAUACAAAAAAAAAAAAUGAAGUAAAACGAUUAAAGAAAGAAAUUAAAAAAAUAAAAGAAGAAAUGAUAAAAUUAAAAGAAAAAAAUUAUAAGGAAAAACUAUUAAUUAAUGAUUUAUCUGAAGAUAAAUUAUGUUAUACUUCUAAUAAAGUAAAGGAUAAUAAGGAAGAAAAUAUAUUUUUGAAAGAAAAUAAUGAUAUUAUUCAAAAUGAAUUGCAUCCUAGUACAAUAAAUCAUAUAAUAAGUAAUAUAAGAGAAAAUAAUAUUAGCAAUGAUAAUAUUCAUGAAAAUAGUAAUAUUAAUGAAAAUAAUAAUAAUAACAAUAGUAAUAAUUAUUACAAUAAUAACGAUUAUAAUAAUGACUAUAAUAAUAACGAUUAUAAUAAUAAUGAUUAUAAUCAUAAUGCAUCAGAUACAUUAGAGGAGAGAGAGAAAACAAAAAAUAUUAAUAAUUCAAAUAAUAUUAAUAAAAGUGAUAUGAACAAAAAAAUAAAUUCGUCAAAUAAUAUUAAUGAAGAAUUUAAGACUAAAGAAAUUGAAGAAAAACAAAAAUACAUUGAAAUUGCUAUGAGUAGUAUAAAUCAAGCUCAAGAGUGUCUUUUGAAUAUAAAAAAAAAAAAAAUUACUUCAUACUUAAAUAAAAUAAUAAACUUAUCAAAUAACGAUAAAUUAAAUUACAUCAAUAAUGUUAAAACAGAUUUAAGUGAUUUUAGGUGUGUAGAUUUAAAAAAAAACAAAGAAAAAAACUCUCCUAUACAAAAUAGUAAGUAUAUGAACUGUUAUGAUUCAAGUAAAUCUUUUAUUUUUACAAACAAUGCAAAGAAAAAAUGCACAUUAAAUGAGUCAAAAAAAGAAAAAGAUAAGCAAAUGUAUAUAAUCCCCGAAGAACAAGUUAUUAAGAAGUUGAUAAUAGACAUGCCACUAAAAAACACAAAAAUAAAUUACUUGCUAAAUAUUGAUAACAAAAAGAAAUUAUUAAAUAAUUUUAUAUCACAAAAUAAUGAAAAUAAAAGCAGAAUAAACAAAAAAAAAAAAGAGGAAACUACUAAAUUAACUUUCAAUAUUUUAAAUAAUAGUUCAAAAGUUAUUUAUGAUUAUAAUAUAAAUUAUGAUCAAUUCUUAAAGUAUGUCAUUUUUAUACAGUAUAACGUUAAAAAAUGGAUAAAAAAAAAAAGAAUAAAUGAUAAUCUAUUUUUUUAUGAUCAUUAUUAUGAUAUAUUUAACUUAAAAAAAUUAAAUAAUUUAAAUAUUAAGAAGCCAAAUGAUAUAUAUAAUGAUUAUAUUACACAAAUAGAUCAAAAAGAAAAAAUAAAAGAAGCUUUAAAUUUGAAAAACCUUCAAAAUUUAAGAAAAUAUUCUUUAAAUUAUAAAAAUGAUUAUAUUUAUGACACACAUAAUUUUAUUUUAGAAAAAAAAAAAUUAAAAUCAAAUGAAAAAGGUAAUUCAGGAACUAUUUCUACCUUAUGUAAUAUAAAAGAAGAAAGAAAUUCAUAUUCUAAAAAUUUAAAAAAUUCCAAUUAUUAUGUAAAAAAAUUACAUGAUAAGAAGUUUAAUGAAGAUGAAAUUACUAAAAAACAUAAUAAAAAUAAUAUAUAUGAUAUAUAUGAUAAUUUUCCAAUUAAUAAUUAUGAGUUUACCAAUAAUGAAAAGACUUUUAAAAAAAAUGAUGUCGAAAUUAUUAGGGAUAAUUAUGAUUUAGAUAAUAAUGAAAUAUAUACGGAAGAUCAUUUAAAUAUAAAUCAAGAUUAUAAUUUACCUUACUAUUUUUCAGAUAUAUUAAAUAAAUAUGAAAAUUUUAUUGGCUUUAAAGACGUAAAUAAUCAUUUUGAAGAUUUUAAUAAAAACAGAUCUAUCAUGAAGAAUUCAGAUAAAUAUAGUUAUGUAAAAUCGGUAGAUAAUAAUGAUGUUAUUAACAAAAAAGAUAUUUUAUUAAGAAUAAUGAAUAAUUUAAAAUUUGAAAAAAUAUUAAAUGAGAAAAAAAAAAACUGUAAACUACAAAUAAAUUUAAAAAAUAACCCUAUUUUUUCUACGAAUCCUUUUAUUGAUAACAACAUGGAAAUGCUUUUCAAUAAAUGUAAUAUUAGUAACAGAAGUAAAUACAAUACUUUUAUUCAUAAUAAUAAUAAUGUAGACUUGUAUAAUAGUAGAUUAACUAAAAUUAAAUAUAAAGAUAGUAAUAAUUUUUUUUGCAAAAAUAUUAUUAAAAAAAAAUUAAUUGAUAAUGCUGAUAAAAAUGAUAUUAAUAUGCUCCUAUUUCAUAAUUUAGAUAAUAAUUACUUAAAAAAUAAAAUAAAAAAAAAGUAUGAUAACUAUAAUUAUUCUGAUAUUUUUUUAAAUAAACUUGAUCAUGUAUUUAUAAGAAAAAAAUAA